UCAUACAAGUCUGGGUAGAGUCAUUGUCAAGGUUUGUUUGGCGAGGUUCAGUCAUAGGUUUUAGGUUGGUUGUGUCAGUAUACUUACUGACACAGUGACGUCUCCAUGCACAGGAAUUUGGUAAAGAGGGUUCAUUCAGAUGCUGAUCGGCCUAAUCAGCUGCUGCGGCAGUAAUUCCGAACUUUACCAAAACGGACAUCGCUGCGUGCUACUAACAGGAAAAGUGGAAAAUAAUGACGGGGAAGAUGCUUCUCUUGUCGGUGCUUCUUGUUAGUUCCAUCACGGUGGUUCACUCGGGCAAAAUAGAGACAACUGCCGACUGUAUGAUGUACUUGUCGAAGUACGGCUAUGUACGACCCACCACCGAAGGCGCUAACAUGAACGAAGAAGAUAUAACAGCGGCCAUCUACAAAUUCCAGAGCAUGGCUCAUAUUGCGGAAACUGGCAAGUGUGAUGAAGCAACGAAGGCGAUGAUGAACAUGCCUCGUUGUGGCUUCCCAGACUUCGAUGACGAUGACGUGAUGGAUGCAAAGAGAAAGAAACGCUACGUGCUGUAUCAUACAAAAUGGUCCAAGACGGAUUUGACCUAUCGCGUCAACUCCGUGACACCUGAUAUACCCGACCCAUCGCUUGUGAAAAACACUUUUGCCAAUGCCCUUCGAGUCUGGUCUGAGGUCACCACCCUGACAUUUGCCAACGCUUCUUGGGACGAAGCUGCCGACUUCGUCAUUAACUUCUAUGGAGAGGGCCAUGAUUUAGACAUAGAGUCCGAUGGACCAGGAAGGGUUCUAGCGUUCGCCCUUUUGCCUGAGGAUGGUAGAUCAUUUUUUGAUGACAAUGAAACCUGGAGCAUCAAUGAAUCUCCCCUGCCAGGAAUCGACCUGUUCCUUGUAGCAGUGCACGAGUUUGGCCAUAGCCUGGGUCUGCUGCAUAGUAACAUUACGGGUGCGGUGAUGGCACCUUACUACCGGUACGAUCCAAACUUCAGGCUCCACGAAGAUGAUAUCGCCGGCAUUCAGGCUUUGUACGGUGAUCCUAAUAUUACUCGGCCGACGACUCCGAUGCCAACCGCUACCAACCCUGGGCCCACAACCACCUCUGAAACCACAACCACACCACAACCAACAUCCACACCACAACCACAAUCUACACGACUACCAUCCACACCACAACCACCAUCCGGACAACCAACAUCCGGACAACAACCAACAACCAGCCCAGUGUCAACCACAACUGAGCCAACAACCAUUCCUAGGCGAACAAGCACACCACAAUCACAAUCUACACGACUACCAUCCACACCACAGCCACCAUCCGGACAACCAACAUCCGGACGACAACCAGCAACCAGCCCAGUGUCAACCACAACUGAGCCAACAACCAUUCCUAGGCGAACAAGCACACCACAAUCAUCAACCACACCAGGGCUCACAACCACCACUGAAACUGCAACCACACCUUCAUGUACCGGGGAGCGUUGCGAGACAGAAAUCGAUGAGCCCGGUUCAGGCGGUCAGUCCACCAUUGCUUUAGUACUCCUCAUCGUUGGCUGUGCUGUGCUUAUUCUCGUGGCGGCGUGCAUGCUGCUCUGCAUGUGUCUUCUCGUUUGGAGGCAACACAAGUCACUUGCUUACCGUGACCACAGACAGUGGUCGGGUGUGCCAAUCCGGAACAUUCCUGAUCUGAGCAGAGAGUAUGGUGAUGUCCCCCGCAUGGCAUAUUUCUACGAAGAGGAGGAAAGGAUGAGUCGUCUGAUGCACGUCAUGAGACGCUCUCCCUACCUACAGCAGGGUUUACCGGGCCAAGAGGAGUUUAUCCGGCCCUACAUAGCAACAGGAAUGGAAGGGCCGUACCGUCAGGAUCGUCGCGCCGAGUAUGCAGGACGUGUGGUGCGCAAUCCGAUGGCCAUCUAAAAUACAUCGCCAACGAUUCCCUUUGAUGUUCUGUACUCAAUUCAUAUUUCAGAUAAUGUUUGUAAGUUGACAAUACUUUGUGCAGUGCCUGAUUUGAUGACAGCGUGUUUUAAUAUCACAGGCCUGUCUUCCUUCGUCUCUAUUAUUCACUGUCCUUUCAGACAAAGCUCGCAUCUUUAAUUUUGUUAACGACGAGUGCCUAAUGUCUAUACCUAUGUUACCCGAAAAAAAUAUAUUGUGUUAUCCGUAAAAAGAAACAGCUAACAUUAGCGGUAUGUUUGUCCAUAAUAUUUACAUGCUAAAGUAGGCGGUUUGUUUUCCAGUAGACAUUUAAGAACCCUAGACCAAGUAAUUUCAAGGUGUAAAUACAUAAGCUUUAAUAAAAAUUCAAUAUUGUAACUCGGAGAUCAUUAUUCCAGCGGUUUAUUGUGUUAGGGCAGGGCAGGGUAUAAUGUUUAUGAAUAUCGAUUAUUGGUGAUUGGGCCGUUUCGUAUAAAAAGAAGUGGAUAUUUAAGUUUACUGUAGUCGUCUACUCGGAAUAUUAAAUAGUAUCUUGUAAUUUGCUCAGUCAUUUACAUCCAUAUACUCUUCUUUAUACACUUAAUUGGUGGUAAAUGUAAUUUGACGUAAUUAUAUCUGUACAUGUAUCAUUCCCAAGUAAUUUUAGUAUUUGUAACAUGGUCCUUCUUAUUAUAUUUUUGUAAGCAGGAUUUGCCUGUCCUACAAAACUUUUGCACGGAUUCAACCAGAAUGCGAAAAUAACGAAUCAUAAUAGAUUACGACCAUUAAGAAAA